AUGUGGGAAGCCGUAAGAUUCCGACGUUCCUCGCUACAACGCGAUUUAGCGUUAAAAUUAACGAUGAACGCCGGUAUCGUGAUACCGGAGGAGGGAUGUGGGAUUUACGAAAUCCAGCAAUUCCAACGGUAUCUCGCCGCUGAAAAUCUGGCAAUAAUGGUUUACGGUUUUAAAGAUUUCGGACGCGGGGGAAACCUAAUCUACGAUGGGCGUACGAUACUCGCCUCACUAGAACGCGAACCGAAUCAUUGCUUAAAUAUUAUGUAUUAUGAGGGUAGACGUCAUUAUAAUACCAUUUUAAAUUUAAAAGCCGCUGCGGGUUCGCAAGGUGGAUAUUGCGUAGCGUGUAACGUUGGUUAUCGCCCCAUCAGAGGGCAUCGUUGCUCUAAAAGAUGCCCACGCUGCUACGCUAUACCCUCGUGUGAACAUCACGACGCGGAGAAAGUCAGGUGCGAUACGUGUAAUCGUACGUUCUUCGGAAAUUCAUGUUUCGAGCGUCAUCGUACCGAAAAAUCUUAUGAAGAAAAAUCAACUGUUUGCCAUUCGGUUAAAAUUUGUAACAAUUGUGGGCGAUUUAUAAAAUCAAGCUUGCGGCACGAAUGUAAUAGCGCCUAUUGUAGGAUAUGUCGUUCUCAGCAACCCGUGAAUCAUUUGUGUUUUAUGCAACCUCUUCGACGCAGAGUCGAAGCUGAAGACCCUGGAGAGGGUACGAGUGCUGCGGCGAUACGUGAAGAGGCGCAAAGAAACGCUAAUGAGGGUGAGAACGACAAUGAAGUCAAGGGAGCUGUCGCAUUCGUGUUUUACGAUUUUGAAACGCGGCAGGACGAGACGUACGAAGGAACCGAGAACGUAAAGUUACACGUUCCGACUCUCUGCGUAGCACAGCAAAUUUGCGCUGCUUGCGUGGCUAUAGACGACAUGACGGUGCGAUGUCGCUGGUGCGGAACGCGCGAAUUUGUAUUUAAUAUCGACCCGGUAAAGCAGUUUAUAGAGUUCGUGACACGGCCGACAAAACAUUUUAAAAGUAUUAUUUGUAUCGUUCACAACGCAAAGGCGUUCGACGCGCAAUUUAUUUUAAAAUAUCUAGUCGAAAAAUCGUUAAUAACGGAAAAGCCACGGAUAAUUCUGAACGGGACGAAGAUUAUCGUGAUGACGAUCGGUCAUACAAAAUUCAUCGACAGUGUUAAUUAUAUGCCGAUGCGAUUAUCUGAUCUACCUAAAGCUUUCGGGCUAAGGGAUACGGCAGAUAAAGGCAUUUUUCCGCAUUUAUUUAACACUGUGGAGAAUCAAUCGUAUGUCGGUCCAUUACCCGAGACUCGAUUUUAUUCUCCCGAUCAAAUGAAAUCUGAUGAGCGCGAGCGAUUUCUUGCAUGGCAUACGGAAAUGACAAAUAAAAAUGUCAUCUUCGACUUCCAGCGCGAGAUCGUACGUUAUUGUCGAAAUGACGUAGAUAUUUUACGACGUGCUUGUGUAGCUUUCCAAAAAAUAUUUUUAGAGCGCGGCGGUGUGUGUCCUUUCGAAGAAUGCACGACUAUCGCUUCCACGUGUAUGAAAGUUUUUCGAAAAAACUUUCUUCGCGAGGGGGAAAUAGGAAUCAUCCCGCCGGGCGGAUACAGAAACGCCGAUAGACAAUCGCGCAAAGCUUUACAAUGGUUAGUGUGGAAGGAGCGUGAGCUCGGUCAUCCCAUAAACCAUGCCGGGCGAGGUCGCGAGCGUUUAAUCGGCGGUAGCCACGUAGACGGAUAUUACGAGACAAAAUUGGGGACUGAAACUCAGCGUUUCGUUCUCCAAUUUGACGGGUGCUUCUGGCACGGUUGUCUUACUUGCUUCCAAGUGAAUCGUGACAGUAAGCUUUCAACUGCUAACCGCGACGAUACGAUAGAAACGCGUUACGAACGAACUAUCGCAACGACAUGGCGUCUUCGCCGGCAAGGAUAUCAGGUGAUUGAAAAAUGGGAGUGCGCUUUCGACCGAGAGAUGAGGGCAAAUAACGAGAUGCGUAAUUUUCUCGAACAUCACCCUAUACUAAAAUCUGCGCCUCUCGAUCCGCGUGACGCGUUUUUUGGUGGCCGCACGGAAAAUAUCGUAACUCGACUCGAAGUAGCGGGGUACACGGAGAAAAUACGUUACGUGGACGUGUGUUCUCUGUAUCCUUACGUAUUAAAGACGGGCGUUUUCCGAUCGGCCACCCUGAAAUCUAUAUCGGAGCGGAAUGCUCGCCGUUAA